AUGCCGAGUCCGAGUCCCACUAAGGAGUCCCUGCCCGCCUUCGUCACGGCCCACACGACCGACCUCCUGCCGCCGCCGUCUCCACGAACACAUCGCGCCCUUCGAAAGCUUCAGUCCGCCCACAACCUCGGAUCGAAAGCCGCCAGCGGUCCUUCCCUCAUCGCGCAGCAGCGCCUUCACCAGCGAAACAUCUCCCCGACGCGCCGCGAUCUCAGCAGCCCGACCGCCCACAACACGCGCUCCCCCGCCCGCGGGCGCGCCAACAGCGAUGCCACGUCCCUGGGCGCCCAGAUCAACCCCAUGGCUGCCAACAAGCGCGGCAUGCUGAGCCUCAACUCAAAGUACGCCCAGGUGCCCCUCGCUCAGCUCGUGCGCGACGGGCCCGGCGCCGACGAGGACGCUGCCGAGGCCCUGAGCGCCGCCCGCCGCAAGGUCCUCAGCGAGGGCAUCAAGAGCGACGCCGACGGCAUGUCCAACCUGCGCAUCUACGCCUGGCUCAUCUUCCUCGACACCCAUAUACUCCCCACGGAUGAAUACCUCGGCCUCAUCCACCGCGGUGCCUCCCCGGCCUACGCCAAGAUCCGCAACGACACCUUCCGCACCCUCACCACCGACCCCCUCUUCCGCCGCCGCGUCAGCGAGGCCUCCCUCAUCCGCCUCCUCAACGCCAUCGCCUGGAAGCUGCACGACGCGCGCGAAGCCCAGCGCCUCAAGGACCGACCCCCGACGCGCGACAGCAUCGCCUCCUCCUCCUCGGCCGCCACCCCGACGACCCGCCCCUCCACCUCCCACUCCCGGCCCCAGUCGUCGGGCCAGCAGCAGCAGCAGCAAGGCAUCACAUCCUCCCCGGCUGCCAAGCACCGCGCCCGCGCCCUGACCCUGACGACCGAGGGCUCCUCGACCGACCCGGCCCUCGCCUCCGAGCCCGGCCCCUACGUGCAGGGCAUGAACGUGCUGGCGGCGCCCUUUCUCUACGCCGCGCGCUCCGAGGGCGAGGCCUUUGUCGCCUUGCACACCCUCCUGACGCGCGAGUGCCCGGGCUACAUCCGCGGCGCCAUGGACGGCGUUCACAAGGGCCUCGCCCUCGUCGACCGCGUCCUCGCCACCGUCGACUCGCGCCUCAGCGGCCACCUCCUCGCCAAGGGCCUCACCGCCGAGCUCUACGCCUUCCCGAGCGUCCUCACCCUCUGCGCCUGCACCCCGCCCCUGCCCGAGGUCCUGCGCCUCUGGGACUUUCUGUUCGCCUACGGCCCGCACCUCAACAUCCUAUGCAUCGUCGCCCAGCUCAUGGGCAUGCGCGACCAGCUGCUCAACUCGCCGAGUCCCAACCGGUUGCUGAGGGCCUUCCCGUCGCUGCAGGCCGACAAGGUCAUUGAGCGCACGCUCUGGAUCAUUGAGCGGAUACCCGACGACACGUACGCCGCCAUCGUCACGCACGCCUUGUAG